AAAUAGAAAAACGGUACAGGAAAAUUUAGCAUAUUCCGGGAAUGUCUUCAAUCAUGUCAAUGUGUGACCAAAAAGAACGUAUUUUGUUGAUACAGACAGGAGGUACCAUUGAUAAAGAGUAUCCAAAGACCAAUUUGGGAUACGCUUUUGAGGUAACAGAUGCAGCUGUCCGGCGAAUCCUACCUAGGGCCCGAGUGGGCGUCGCCUAUGAUGUCAAAACUAUAUGCCAGAAGGACAGCCAAGAUAUCUCGGAUGUAGACAGAGAAAAUCUGGCGAAAGCCUGUUUGGAGACUCCUUCAAAGAGAAUUCUUGUUACCCAUGGUACAGAUACCAUGAUAGAAACAGCAGCGUAUCUGUCCAGUCGAGUAGUAGACAAACUCAUCGUAUUAACAGGAGCAUUCUUACCAGAAACAUUCAAGUCAACAGAUGCCGAAUUCAAUGUUGGGUUUGCCAUGGGAACACUUCAAGCUUUAACAACACAUGGAAUUUUUAUAGCUAUGAAUGGACAUAUAAUACUAUGGUCAGAAUGUACGCGUAACAAGGACACAGGCAUGUUUGAAAAAAAGUGACACCUGAAAUUUUUACUUAUACAUUUU